UGCCCCAUCAUUGGUGUCAGUGGGGAAUCGUGCCCCAUCAUUGGUGUCAGUGGGAAUAAUUGUGCCCCAUCAUUAGUGUCAGUGGGAGGAAUAGUCCCACAUCAUUGGUGUCAGUGGGAAGAAACGUGCCCCAUCAUUGGUGUCAGUGGGAAGAAACGUGCCCCAUCAUUGGUGUCAGUGGGAGGAAUAGUGCCCCAUCAUUGGUGUCAGUGGGAAGAAUCAUGCCCCAUCAUUGGUGUCAGUGGGAGGAAUAGUGCCCCAUCAUUGGUGUCAGUUGGAGGAAUAGUGCCCCAUCAUUGGUGUCAGUGGGAGGAAUAGUGUCCCAUCAUUGGUGUCAGUGGGAGGAAUAGUGUCCCAUCAUUGGUGUCAGUAGGAGGAAUAGUACGUCAUUGGUGUCAGUGGGGGGGGAAUAGUGUCCCAUCGUUGGUGUCAGUGGGGGGAGGAAUACUGCCACAUCGUUGGUGUCAGUGGGGGGGAAUAGUUUUUUCCCAUCGUUGGUGUCAGUGGGGGGCAGGAAUACUGCCACAUCGUUGGUGUCGGGGGGAGGAAUAG